CAAGUCUUUCACUCGGGUAGCCUAUUAUCGAAAAAUCCCAUGUCCCUCAUUCAUCACUUCGUCAUUCCUUAAUAGUCGGAAUCCCGUUUCUUUUUCAGACUGCACUUUAAGGCAUCAUUAGUUAGACGUUUAGCGGCACGAACAGACAAUCCUACGGAACAAACAAAAGUAAGGGUAAACAAAGAUGAAACGUCCCGGAACUGUAAUAACAGCGACAUUAACAACGUUUACUCUUCUACUUUGCCUGUGUUCAGUCAGAGGUGACUACUGUGAGGUGAAUGUUUGCCAUAAUGGAGGAACAUGUGUGACAGGGAUAGGAGAGGAUGCAUUCAUCUGCAUCUGUGCGGAUGGCUUUGGUGGAGACACCUGCAACCUGACAGAGAUAGGACCCUGCAGUCCUAACCCCUGUCAGAACGAUGGGGCGUGUGAGAUCAUCACUCCAACCAGAAGAGGAGACGUUUUCAACGAGUACAUCUGCAAGUGCCAGCCAGGCUUCGAGGGAGUGCAUUGCCAGAUCAACGUGAACGAUUGUGCCAACCAGCCCUGUAAGAAUGGAGGGAUAUGUCGAGAUCUCGAUGGAGACUACACCUGCCAGUGCCCUUCACCCAAUGUUGGAAAGCAGUGCCAGCUGCGUUGCAUUUCUCUGCUGGGUAUGGAGGGAGGAGCAAUUGUGGAGUCCCAGAUUUCAGCUUCCUCUGUGCACUACGGCAUUCUGGGUCUUCAGCGCUGGGGCCCGGACUUGGCUCGACUCAACAACCAAGGCAUCGUCAAUGCCUGGACGUCAGCCGCCCAUGACAAGAACCCCUGGAUCGAGAUUAAUAUGCAGAAGAAGAUGCGUCUGACGGGCAUCAUCACUCAGGGUGCAAGUCGCAUGGGCACGUCUGAGUACAUCAAGGCCUUCAAAGUGGCGAGCAGCUUUGAUGGAAACGCUUAUACCACUUACAGAGUGGAUGGCCAACGGAGUGACAAGGUUUUCGUGGGCAACACAGAUAACGACAGCACAAAGACCAACCUUUUUGACCCUCCUAUCGUGGCCCAGUACAUCCGCAUCAUCCCUGUGGUUUGCCGCAGGGCCUGCACACUGCGCAUGGAACUGGUGGGCUGUGAACUUAAUGUUUAUUCAAACACGGCAGGUUGCUCAGAGCCUCUGGGAAUGAAGUCUCGCCUCAUCUCAGAUGGGCAGCUUUCAGCCUCCAGCUCUUUCCGCACAUGGGGUAUUGAUACCUUCACGUGGCACCCUCAGUUUGCCCGACUGGAUAAGCAGGGAAAGACAAACGCCUGGUCCCCUGCACACAAUAACCGCUCAGAGUGGAUCCAGGUCGACCUAGAGAAGACAAAGCGCCUCACAGGCAUCAUCACUCAGGGGGCCAAGGACUUUGGGGUGGUGCAGUUUGUGUCACUGUUUAAAGUUGCUUACAGUAACGAUGGAGAGUCAUGGAGUACGGUGAAGGAGGAUAACACCACUAAUGAUAAGCUUUUCCAAGGCAACAUUGACAACAACACCCACAGGAAGAAUCUAUUCGAGCCUCCGUUCUACGCCCGAUACGUCCGAGUCGUCCCCUGGGAGUGGCACGAGCGCAUCACUCUACGCAUGGAGCUGCUGGGCUGCGAUGAUUAGAAACUCAUCAGUCACUAAUCUAACAGUGCUCCAUCCUAAUCCGGUCGCUCCAUUUCCUUAAACACCGGCAGUGAAAUGGAUCCGGGACAGAAUCAUCAGUUCUGUACCCCUAUUUGUUUCUCUGGAUAAAGAUUCUGUUGGUUGCUGGGACUGUAACACUUGUAGCACUUUCUGACUAAUGACCUUUUUGAUGUUUUUGUUAAUAACAUUGUUUGACAUUGCUCACGGAGAAUCUUCUAUGAAGUAUCAAUGAUUUUAAUGUUAGUACCUUUGGAUAUAAACUAAAUUUGCAUAGAUUUGCUCUUAGUCCUUAUUAUUUGCUCCCUCUAAGAAUCUAAAUUGGUUUCAGGUUCCCUUGAUAAUAGUGCCCUUCACCUAUUCCAGUUGUACUCCAAGCUAAAUUGCCAGUUUUCAACUUUUUCUGUCCUUCCUUUGCAGUCCCACACCAGUUAACAGCCCUAUCUUUUUGUUUUAGCAGUGUGCAGUGGACAGAUGGCAAACAUCCUCACCAGCAUACUCACCGUGUCUCACUAUAGUAAGCUGCUAUUUAGUUACCCGAGCACAAACUAUAAUGGCGCAGGGCCUGUGCAAUAUGGAGUAUAUUUUGGCAUUUCCAACUAUCCUGGAAGAGAUAACAUUUUCCAAGAGUAGAACAUUUACAGCUUUCCAAUUUGAACUGCAGCACAUUGAUCUGUCAAUCAACUAAUGGACUGACAAACUGUAGGGAUUUUUCAUGUUUUUUACACAUUUUAUCAGCUUAUUCCGCUUUCUUACAAAUAAUAUUCUAAUUUAAUCCUUUUUACAACACGUGAAAUAUGUAGAAAGAUGUGUAGAAAAUAAAUAUUGUUUUACAUUCUUUUUUUUUAUUAUUAUUAAUUGUUGGUCUUGAACUGAAAUUGUUUAUUAAAUGUUAAAAUAAA